CUCCCACCUCUGUUGAUUCUACAACUUCCCCUCUUACCUAGCACAUCGUCCUGUACAGUGCAUCUCUUACACGGACUAUCAUUAUCUUCUCCAUUCUUCUUUCUGCUCAACUGUGGACGUUGGAUCAAUCGGAUCAUGAGCUUCUGAACUCCAUUGCCAUCAUUGAUUUACUGUGACUUGUUGUCGGACCAUUGAUUCGGCCCGCCAUCACACGCUUAAUCACGCUAUUCUAAGGCUGCGGUGGUUUGCACACUCUGCCUAUUCUCUCUCACCACUUCAGUGGCCUUGCGAUCUGCUACAAACCGACAUCAUGACCAUUAACGCUGGCCAUGCAGGCCAGAUGAUCGAGUACAUCCAAGAUCGUCUGUACCUGGCUUCUUACGACUCAAUCCCGUCCUCGCGAACUCCAUUCCCUUAUCCGCUCGAGCAGCCCAAGUCUCCCAGCAAGCGGGCUGCGCGCGCUCAACCCACCACCCCGACGACCAAGCGCCGAUCUCCCGUCUACUUCACUGUUGACGAUAACCUUCUCUACAAUGCAUUCCAUGCGGACUUUGGCCCCCUCCACAUUGGUCAUCUGUACCGAUUUGCAGUCCUUUUCCACGAAAUCCUCGGUGACCCGGCCAACAGUGAUCGCCCCGUCGUCUUCUACAGCAAGACAGAUGCACGCAGCCGCGCAAACGCCGCCUGCCUCGUGGCUUGCUACAUGGUCCUCAUCCAGUCAUGGCCACCCCACUUGGCCCUGGCCCCCAUUGCGCAGGCCGAUCCCCCUUACAUGCCCUUCCGCGAUGCCGGGUACAGCCAGGCAGACUUUAUCCUGAACAUCCAGGACGUUGUGUACGGUGUUUGGAAGGCCAAGGAGCAGGGUCUGUGUGGACUCCGUGACUUCAACCUUGAAGAGUAUGAGAAGUUUGAACGAGUCGACAUGGGCGACUUCAACUGGGUUACUCCCAACUUUCUCGCUUUUGCCUCCCCUCAACACCAGCCCGUUGCGCCGGUUCCCAUGAACACCCCCGAAUACGACGCCCUCCCCUCCUCCAUCUCCGAAAUUUGCUCCUCCAAGCUUCCUCUCCCAUUCAAAAACGUUCUCGUCCACUUCACCUCUCGCAAUAUUGGCCUUGUUGUUCGCUUGAACUCUGAGCUAUACAGCCCAUCGUAUUUCACCGCCCUAGGCAUCCAGCACAUCGACAUGAUCUUUGAGGAUGGCACGUGCCCCCCUCUCACCCUGGUUCGGAGGUUUAUCAAGAUGGCACACGACAUGAUCACUGUCAAGAACAAGGGCAUUGCAGUGCACUGCAAAGCUGGUCUGGGACGCACGGGAUGUUUGAUCGGUGCUUAUCUGAUCUAUCGCUAUGGAUUUACUGCCAAUGAGGUCAUUGCCUUCAUGCGGUUCAUGCGCCCCGGUAUGGUCGUCGGCCCGCAGCAGCACUGGCUGCACCUCAACCAGGGUUCCUUCCGGGAAUGGUGGUUCGAGGAUAGCAUGCGUGAAAAGUUGGCCCAGUCUGCCCCUGUCACUCCCGCUCGGGUCUCUGUCAAGAAGCGUGGAAGCAACGGUGUCGUCUCUACUCCUCCGAACAACAGCCACUCAAAGCGCGCCGCGCUUGGCGAAAUUGAUCACAAUGAGGGUGCUGCCACCCACCACGAAGAGAAUCUCCCUGCGCCCACCCCAGGACAACCACGAAAGUCACACCGCAAGGAUUCUCGCCACCACCCUUAUGCCCGUACAACUUCCGGUUCAUUGACUGUGGAGCAUGAGAGCCACAAGGAGACAGAUUCGCGGACUCCUCGCGGUCAUCGUCUCAGCAAUGAGAGCAGUGAGAGCGAUGAGGAAAUUCAACUCCGGAUGCUGGCUAAGCGGUCCUCGCGGUCUCCUGUCGCGACAACCACCUCGCGGUCAAUCAGCUACUCGGCCACUGUCACAGCCAGCUACACUCUCACCGACGAUAUUCAUGAAGACCGCGAGAACUGGGUCGAGACGGGGGCCCCUAAGACUCCUGCCAGCCGCAAGAGCGCCGGUGGAACCGUUUCGGUCAGCAAGGUUCGGUCCAGCCCCCGACGAGUCACAGACAGCAACAAGAGCGAGUCGCGAGGAGUGCGGAAGCCUAGUGGCCGCAUUGGCAGCACCUCUAGCCCAGCCCGUGCCACUCGCGCUGCUGCUUAACUGGCCAGGAUGCUAGUUAUUCAACGGAUCUGGCACGUCACUGUCUUCCUGUGGUUGACACCUUCAAUUCUCCCCCGUCCUCAAUGGGCAACUCUAUGCAUACCCCUUUUCCCCGCUGCAUCUUGCACAGUCUAAUGCUUUGAUUCAAUUCGUCUCUUGUUGGUUUCCACCAACUUUUGUUUAGGGUAUUUUGUUUAUUUUCGGCGUACAAAUUAUUGGUCUUUGGGGCGGGUUCUGCGCGGCGUCUGGUUGCACUGCUUGUUGAUAUGCUGAAUUGGUUGCAAGGGAUGGAAUUCGUCACGGACUGUGACUUGCGUGGUCUACUCGACUGGCAUCCAGGCUCUGCGGUCGAUUCCCUCUCGAGCCUAAGGCAUGGUGUUCUGCAUGCGCGGCUUCUGUCCGCCUCUGUUUCUACGGUGAUACGACGACUAGUUUCAUGAGCUCGUGCAAAUCUUCUUCAUUUCGUUUUCAUUAUUCGUUGAGUAGUGACUGUUGAUGUAGUGUCGGUUUGCCCUGGUCAUCGGAGAAAUAAGGUUAUGGUAGGACUGUCACCGUAAGGACACAGCACUGCUCCAUUCUCUUGGAUCAUUCAAUUGCCCUGAAAUGCCAGGAUCAGGACUCGGUAACGCGGAGGUGAUUACGUCGAAUGCUUCCAAUCCCAUCGAGGCAGCCACAACAUCGAGCCAUUUGUCCGGAGACGGCAUCUCCUCCCUCGCCUCGUUGACGUCUGAUCCCGCUAUCCUCCCCUUGUCUACAUUCAACUUUGAAACAAAGCGAAAAGGUAGCGGGUCUGCAAGCGGGGCAUCGCUAUCUUGACCUGACCUGCCACGUGUUGCCCGCGCUUUAUCACUCUCAAGGUGAUCGAGUAGAAGCCGGAGAAUGUAAAGGCAGUGGUCCGCACCACGGAGGACGCUAUUUGCGAAUUCCUGAGGGAAUGUGGACGGGAUGGGUCCGAUGAAAGCCAUCUUCUUCUUACUGGCGGCGCCACCAUUACACCACUGAUAGCUCUGCACGGCAGCGGCAAGGCGCAAAUGCGCGGACAGGGUGCAUAAGGCCUGACUGCUCCUCAGAACCUGUGCCGAUAGCACUUGCCUUACGUGGGGAGGGUCAUUCACGGUACGUAAUUCGCGCGCUUGGACUAGUAGGCCCGGUACCUUGGCGACUUCCUUGAAUAUCCGAUCUUGUAAAUCGAUGAAGAGGGCGAUAGGUCCGUCAACGCGUGGUGAAGACAUGUCUUCCAUUCGAACUUGGUCUAUGUGUUCCUGCCACUCUGGUAGUUCGAAGAUACACCUUCUGCCUCUAAUAAAGGCUUCUGCAACGAGGAAGCUCCGAAAGGAGAGGUAAAGGCACCGGUCGAAGCCGGUUAGGUGGGCCUUCGGACCGCGAUGUUCCAUCAAUAAUGCCGUGCCGGCUGCAUGAUGAGCCCACGAGUCCGGAUUGGUGCGCGAGUAUGCUUCGAACAGACUCAACGCAAUGGUAAUGCUCACACUUUCGGUAGAUAUCAUCGCAUCUGCGUUGCGAAUGCGACCACCGAACAGACGCAGUGCUUUGCUGUAUACUUCGCGACUUGAGCGCCGCAGCAUAGUAUUGUCAUGUUUCUGACCCAUGAAAAUAGCAUUGACGCAGAAGAUGGCUGCGUCGAAGGCGGGACUUUGGCCUCCAUGCUGUGCGAUGUAUGUUGUCCAGGGCGUAUGGACUCGGUAUCGAUUCAGUCCGAACCAGCGCGUGAAGGCUGUGAGGACAAAGGAGCCGAAGACGACGGGUUGUUGUUUACCCAUUGAUUGUGCUACGAGGGAAGGUAUGAUGCGCUCGUCGAUGGACUCGGAGGGCUGGGCAGGGGUGGUUGUAGAUUGGGAUUGUUUCUUCUUGAAGCGUUGGCGGAGUUGUGGACCUUCGUCCAUGAACUUAUGCGGACGGGUGUAGCCGGGGCAGUCGACGCCGUACCUCGUGCACUGAGUGCAUUCUGGGCGUAGUAGAUCGCACUAUAUUAGGGUGGCUUUUAGAGAGAUGUUUUUUUGGUUCCCCAAAGGUAUGCGAUAAUGCUUACCUUCACUCGCCGCUGAAGACAUGUUUGGCAUCCUUUGCUCUUUGGAACGCCAACCAUGUUGAGGAUUUGCUCGUGGACAGUAAGAUGCACAUCCCCAGAUCGAUGCGCUGGCUCUCGGGCAGAUUCCGAGGUCGGACUUUGGUCGUGGAUAGGUAUGAUCUCAGUCGUGUGCCGCAGUCAUUCUGCGCUGGGAAGCGCUUUCUUAUCUGCGAGAGCCACAGAUCACACUCCUCGUGAGAGCCUGGAGUGAGACCCACAGCACCCAAACUCUCGGCGCUGAUGACACCGCAGCAAUCCAGGCGACAAAGGUCUGACGUA